AUGGCAAAGUGCGAACACUCCUUUUUUCUGGAAGUAGCUGUCGGCCAGGCUGCACCACAGUUGGUAUACGGGUGCCGACUUGCUCGGCUGGUUGGUGAACUGUCUGAGCCGUCGACCCAGCUACCCCAAAUGAUCUUCUUCGCAGGCCGCCGACUGAAAAAUCAGGCACUAAGGCAGGUAUGCCACAGUAACUAUAGAGGCCACAGUCAUCAUCAGCGAUGUAUAAAUAUACGCACGGACAACCGUACAUUACGUUCCCUGCAGCCACGAUUCUUCGUAGAUUGUGACCCUAUCGGCGAUUUCACAUCACAAGAUUUUGGGAUACCAAGGAUCUGUCACCCAGAGAAGGUUUUUCCGCUCGACACGUCCUUCCAGGGACGUUACUUGCAGGAUCUCAUACUCUCACGUUUAAUCUUUCCGUUUAUCGACGUGCUCUGUAUCUUUGCUGAUGAUAUUGGUGGACUGGGGGCAGCCCGUAACUUACUCCUGGCCUGGGCGAAGAUCGGGUCUGCCUCUAGCCUAUCUCAUGCGGUAAGGCCCAGGGUGGUGAUCGUUGUUGGUGCCACCCAAAGCACCACGCAUGACAUCCUUGACGACGAGGAAUUUCUCCAUGAGCUGCUCGAAGCUGGGGAUGUCCCGUUCCUGGCGGCCUUUGGGGACGUUAGGAUAUCCCGUCUUCCACCUGAAGGUCUCUCGCCUGAGGCUCGCUUUCUAGGAUUGGCAGAGGAUAUUUCCAGGGGCCUUCGGGACAUGAGACGUAUUCGUGACCGCCACUAUGCUCUCUUCUCAGCAACACACCUGGAGUCAUUUUUCAGACUGGCCUUAGAGCAUGUAUCUGCAUCGCCACUCUCAUCAUUUAACUUUAUACGCGCGGCCCGGUACCAGAAUCCAUUGGACGGUGCAUUUACAUCUCAUAUCACCAACUUCCUCAAGUUGGGAAACAGAACACGAGCCCCCUAUGAUAUCAUGGCAUCUUACAUUGCGUCGGCCAUCUUAAUGGAUGCCUAUCCCACGGGAAUGCACCGUACGUUGGAUCUCUCUGAUAUUGUUUUGCAUCGUGUUGACAGCUGUAGACUUUUGUCCUAG